AUGUUUCCGUUUUUCAGUUACUUUAACUUUUUCUUCUUCUUUGCCGCUCUCUUUCUUUUGCCCCCAUGCUUUACCGCUAGGAUUAUACCAGAAUCCGUAACCGUAAUAACAACUUCUGAAAAACACAACGCCACGUGGCACAAUUUCUCAAGCUUUCUUCACGCGGAGCGCGGCAGCCACGUCAGCGGCAUGGCGGAGCUGAAGAGGUAUUUCCACCGUUUCGGUUACCUUACUCAGCCGAACACGACGUCGAAUUUCACGGACAAGUUUGAUUCGAACUUCGAGUCCGCCGUGUUACUCUAUCAGAAACAGCUCGGUUUGCCGCGAACCGGAAAACUCGACUCUGAAACUAUAUCGACGAUUGAGUCUCCGAGAUGCGGUGUAUCAGACACCGCAACGCAUAGGAUACACACCACGCGGCACUUUGCUUACUUUAACGGGAAACCGCGGUGGCUUCGUGGCUCUCCGAUGACUCUUAGUUAUGCUUUCUCACCGUAUGAUAUGAUCGACACGCUGAGUUUAUCGGACAUCCGAACGGUUUUCGAACGUUCUUUUAAGCGGUGGGCGUCGGUGAUUCCGGUGAGUUUUCGUGAGACGGAGAAGUAUCAAUCGGCGGAUAUUAGAAUCGGAUUCUAUUUCGGCGAUCACGGUGACGGAGAACCGUUUGAUGGUGUUUUGGGGGUUUUAGCGCAUGCUUUCUCUCCUCAGAAUGGAAGAUUUCAUUUGGAUGCAGCAGAGAAUUGGGCCGUUGAUUUUGAUCAUGAUGAUUCAAGGAUAGCCGUUGAUUUGGAAUCAGUUGUGACGCACGAGAUAGGUCACGUGCUUGGGCUUGGGCAUUCAUCUAUAAAAGAGGCGGUUAUGUACCCAAAUAUAAGCCCGAGGAAGAAAAAAGUUGACUUGAAAAUUGAUGACGUGGAGGGAGUUCAAUCUCUUUAUGGUUCUAAUCCAAACUUUAGUUUAAGUGCUUUGUUGCAGUCUGAGAAUUCUUAUAAUCUUGCGGUUCGGUUAGAAACCGGUUUCUCUAAAUGGAUAUUCUCUUUAGCUCUUGCCUUGUUGGUAUUAUUUUUGGGUUCUUGAAGAUUUAACUCGUACAUGUAUUUUCAUUCUUUGAUCUAUGUGUGUAUGUAAAAAGAAAGAAUACAAAAGGAUAGAAAGCAAAGUUGAAUCACAUGGGCUAAACCCUAAUGAUUCGUAGUUUGUGAUAUUUUAACAUGUUUCUCAUUUUACUUUAAAAUAGAUAUUUUUUUAGUCAGUCAAUUUUUCAAAUAGAAAGAUGUAACUUUUGAGUAGGGAAAGGUGAAUGAACUUUAACUGGAUUUGAGAGUUGUGACAAGUGACAACACUCAUAGAAAAAAAGGGUAACAAUUACAAAAUAAUGUUUUUUGAAAAGGAAUAUCAAUGAAAAGAUUCCAAUUGUUGUUGCUAGUUGGUGUAAAAAGGAUAGAAUAACAUUCCUAUUUCCUAAAGUAUAUGCCUAACACAGUGGGAGGAAGCAUAUAAGGUAUUUCUUUGUACUGAAGAAAAUCAUGUACGGACCUAUAUCAAUAUCAUACGUAUGACAUUUUUCUCCCAUGUUGGAUAGGGACAAAUGAAACUGAUUUUUUCUCUGUCCAAAGUGUGGUCCAAAGCUUAAAGCUGCUUUAUACAUGUAUGAUGGAUAGUUUCAUAGUUCGGUAUCAGUCCUUGUGAUAGUUUAUCAAUAGAAUACGGAAUGAGAUAGUUAGAGAGCCACUUCCUCACUCAAGUUUGUUUAAGAGGCAAAUAAGUGAACAAAUGACUCAAUAUUUAAGAUUAGUCACACUCUCCUUUCAUGUGGUUUCAUAUGGGACAAAGCUAUCUAUUUCUAUCCAACUAAAACCCGCUUCUUUCCUAACCUUUUUCUUACUCAUGAGGCUUCUAAUUACAUUAACAUCUUCCCAUCUUCUAAAAGAUGCAUACAUAUUCGACAACAUCACAUACACAUAAUCUUCAUCCCUCUCCAAUUCAAUCACCUUAGCAGCCGCAACUUCUGCCACUUGUAAAUCUUCUUGAGUUCCACAAGCACCUAGCAAAGACCUCCAAACUACUCCACAUGACUCAAAUCCAAGUUCGUGUAUCAUUCUUUGUGCUCUCCACAACUCGCCUUUUUGCCCCAUGAGCCGUAUCAUUGAACAACAAUGCUCAACAGACGGUGCAAUCCCAUAUUCAUUUAUCAUAGCAUCAAAGUAACUAAUAGCAGACUCAAAUGGUAUUUGGCUAUGGGAACAUGCUGAUAUAAGGUUAAGAAAUGUGAUACCGUCAGGUUUUGUAUCUCUUUCCAUUUUCAGCGACUCGAAGAGACUGAUAACUUGUGCAAAAUCGCCGUUGCGAGCAUACCCGGAUAUCAUUGCAUUCCAGCUUACAAGAUUCCUAUCAGAAAGCACAUUGAAUAUUGAUUCGGCAUCGUUCACCCGCCCACAUUUUGAGUACAUGUCGAUCAGGGCAGUCCCUACAACUACCGAUGAAUCUAAACCGUACUUUAUUGUACAACAAUGAAUCAGCAUCCCCCAUGUUAAAGCUGACAGACCAGCAACUCCAUUUAAAAUUAUUGAAAAAGUGAACUCAUCCAUUCGCAAGUUUCUCAACCUCAUUUUACCAAACAUAGCCAAUGCUUCAGAAACUCGAUUCCUAUUCACAAAUCCAGUAAUUAUAGAGUUCCAAGAAGAUGAAUUUGGACAUGGCAUAGUAUUCAAAAUCCAAACAGCAUCUUCUAUCCUUCCACCUUGAGCAAUUCCAUUUAUCAGCCCAUUAUAAGAAAUUGAAUCAGGGUUAGGCAUAAGCUGCAAAAACUUGAAACCAAG